ACAAGAACCCCACCUGGGGUACCAGAACCCCUUCUGGGUUGCAGGUCUCUGAGCUGCUGGGUGUGGGGGUGCAGGACACCUCCUGGGAACCGGGAUCCUUCCUGGGGGUGCAAGUUUCAGGGAUGCUGGGAGCGCAGGACCCCUCCUAGUGGUGCAGCCUUCCCCUGACAUGGAAUCGUGCUCGGUCGGGCCCGGGUGCUGACGGGUGUCCUGCGGGAGCAGGAAGCCGGGGUGCGGCGGGUGCCACCCAGCCACCGCUCCCAUCCAAAGUUGAGCAGCGAGAGGAGCCGCCUGCGCCCGGCACUGCCGUGGGGUCUGCCUCCCUGCUGGGGGCUCGAUGGCUCCAGUGCUGGCAGUGGGGUCAGCAGCCACAGUGGCCUGGGGUUUGGCCACCACUGGCUUCUUGCUGCUGCUCCUGCUCCUCCUCUGCUCCUUCUUCCACAGGACAAACCGGCCAUCUUCCACCCAGAAAACAAAAGAAAACCCUGAGCCUGUCCAAGGGGUGAAGCUGGCAAGGCUGAGCUCCAGCGACAGGGGAGCGGCGCUGCCAGGAGGCACCCCCUCUCCUGGUGAGUUGCAGGAUAAACCCACAGGAGGAGAUCCCAGGCUGCAUGUGCUGGGCUGCAUACCCAAUUCCCACACACUCUCCGAACCAGCCUUGAGGACUCCAGAGUUUCUGCGGCACCGGGAGCUGCCGGUUCUGCCGGGGGAUACCAGCACAACCAUGGUGGAUCCUAUGCCAGAUCCCGAUGGACGAAUCUAUGAAAGCAUCCGGUACAAAUCUGAGAUACAGAAAAAGCCUGGGAAUGCUGGCAGCACCCCAGGGGACUCCCCAUCUCUGCCCACCAAGGACGAGCCGAGCAUCUCCAUGCAGGAGAUCAUCACUCAGGAGGAGCCAGGCAGCGAGGGGAGCCCCGUCCCUGUGUAUGCCCGGGUGUGCAAACAGCGCCGGCAGCCUGCCAGGCCCCCUGAGCCCCAAGAAGAAGAAGCAGCUCCAUCACUGCCGGAAAAGCGCUUUGAUGUGGGAUAGGAUACCCCAGAGAUGGUUUGGAGCUGCCUCAAGCCCAGCCUGUUCAUACAAGCUUGAUGGAGGGUUUUCCUGUCUGCAGACAGCAGCCAUGGAGAGCUGCCUGCUCCCUCCCCAGAUCUGACAUUAAGCAUAGAUGGCCCAGGUUAUCUCUUGCCAUUCAGCAUGGGUGUCCCUGAGUGCCUCUCCAGGGCAUCCCCAUUGCCCAUUGACUUGUGGGGAGCGGGUUGUGGGUGACCCCCACAUGUGGUUGACUGAAGAAAAACCACAGAAGAAAAAUGUGUGAUUAUUUUUGGAGAAGGUCCAAAAAGAAUCCAAAAAUGAAUACGGUGUUUGGGGGUGUUGAUCAAGUCUGAGCCAGCAGUGUGCCAGCAAUGGCACCCUGCCUUGUGUCAGCGAUAGUGUGGCCAGCAGGAUGGAGGCAGUGAUUAUUCCCCUUUACUCAGCACUGGUGAGGCCGCACCUCAAAUCCUGUGCUCAUUUCUGGGCCCCUCACUACAAGAGAGACAUUGAGGUG